AUGAUAUCACCCGAAAACAGGGAGCCACGGCCUUGCCUCACCUCGUCGUCGCCCACAAUCCCGCCACCCCCCCCUCCUCCCUCCCUCCCCACUUCUCUCGACGCCCUUCUUCUGGGUCCGAAAGCGAAGAUGUUCAUCCUCCCCGCUCAAGCUCUCCCCUUCGUGGAUAUCUCCCUGCCUACCUCGGCGAGCACCACAUGGCGUGUGGGCGGAUUGAGCUUCAGCCUGAGCUACACUCGGCUCCUGCUCAUCCUCCUCACCAACAUCGUAUUCGUCUCACUCGUUCGCUCCGCCAUACUAUCGCGGAAACGGACACCCAUCGCCGUGACUGUUAUCGAGAAGGCGGAGCAGGCCGUAGUUUUGCCGGAGGCGAAGCGAGCUGGGCUCUUUUCCUUCAAGUCGAUGGCCAUGCCCACUCUCGCUGAGGCACUCCCGAUAACGCUCAACCCGCCUCCUCCACCCGUUAUGCGGGGUGGCCAUGUCUACCGCGGUGGCCGUGGUGUUGGAUUUGCCUCGCGGAGAUCUGGCUCAGAAGCCUCGCGGUCGCGAGCUGAUGCUUCCAUGACCGCUGUUUACGACUCUGAGACGCCUGUUUCGAUGGCGCAGAUGAUCAUGAGUCGGCAUGUUAGUCCUCCCAUCCACUAUUCCUUCGUUCGCCGCUUAUCGUCAUGGGCAGACGUAUCGCCGCCCUGCCAGCCCUAGCCCGCGACGACUGGCUCCUUCGUCCCUGAAUGUAUCACGCCAGGCAUCUGUCCCAGACUGGUGCCGUCGCCCUCUGCAUCCUCCGUGUAAGAGGCCCCCGCGGGUUGCACGGCCUGCAGAGCCCGAGAUGAUGAGCCACGAUGAUGCUGAUGAGAAGAAGAUGACCCCGACGGACGACGACGUUUGCUAUCUAUCGCUAUCUAUUCAGCGUGCGGUCCUUCGGCCGUGCCUGCUGAGCUGUUUGUUAUAUCCAUUCUACCUGCCCGACGCACACACUUGCUACCUUUGCGCUCAGCUUUAUACCACCAACCUAACUAACCUCUUACGCUACAACCCGGACUAUAUCUUUUCGUACAGACUCUUAGACGACGUUGGAUCUCGUGUUUCCUGUAACAUAUUUGCUAUUACAUUCGCUUCGUUCGCCACUUGUAGCUGCCAGCUACUUGUCAUAUUUAUUGUGUGCCAUCUGGCUGUCGACCAAGAUGGCAUCCAUGGAAUCAUCAUCCAUUAUUCAGUCGGUGCGAGUUCUACCGCGGUGACGCAGGGCAAUUGGUCGCUAAGCGGAAGCCAAUUCGUAAGCCUUGAGGCUUGGACAACCGGAGAUCGAGGACGCGGCAGAGCCGAUCCGGGGACUCGGACACUAGUUUCGGCAAUCGCAAGGGCAGCGCCCAGGUGUAGUGGUAUCCUCCGACUGGAUGAGGCCGCUUGUGGAAUUCGGCAUCGAGAACAGCCGAGUGGCUGGAAAGUCGAUCUCCAGGACAGUGCACGUCACGGGUCGAAGCGGGCGGCCUGAGCGAAACAUCGCAGCGGACCCGAGUAAAUCCUGGCAUCUGUUCUCGCGGAGGGCCCAUUGGUUGCCGAGCUGGCGAGGAUGGGUGACGAUCGUGGAGGAUGCGAUGUGUCCUCGCCGGUGAAUCAACCGUGCUCCAUUCACAUUCCGCAUAUUGGACAUCGCGCUCGGCGAGGACGUGUCUAUGCUUAGACUUCUGCUUCAGUUUCUGUGCGGCUUCUUGCCGAAACGAGUAGUCUUCCCCCACGAGGGGAGGUCCUUUCUGCGCCACUUCGGCGUCGAGUCGAAAGCGGGGAUGAGCUCGGUGCAAUCUGCGGUCAUUGUUUCCUGCGGGGAGCGGGACUCGGGGAUACAAGGGAGGAUUCAAAUGAGAUGACAGAACCCAUUCUCAAGCGCCCGCUUAUAUACCCGCCGUCUCCACAAAGCUCUGGUCCAUGCGUGCAGGCCCCAUUCACCAAACAUUCGAUCCAGGCAUAGCCAGAAGAACCAGGCGGACAGGCCUGUCAGUUUCAAACAUUUUAUGGCAUCCGUCGUUCCGCCUUGUUCUUCGAGUGUGCUUGUCAAGGUUCUUGUUGUCGUUGGGGAUGUCCACGACGUGGGCGUCGUCACGGCAGCAGGUCCAUUGGAGAGGACACAGAGAGGUAUCGUUUCUGGCUAGUGGCAGAACUUCACGAGCGCAUAAAGAACACAUCUCAUGAUAUCCUGCUAAAUGCGCCGAGAGUCGCUGUCGACAAAGCUGAGUGUUGUGUGAAGCGGAUUUGACGGAUGAUGAUUAGGUACCUGUCACGUGCAACUCAGUUUACGCGCACCCGCACAAUUCGGGCCAAGAUUUGCUCCUUAAAUUUUCGCGAAAUGAGGCUCCCAAGGAAAAAAGAAUGUACCGCUCUUAUGGAUGAAAAUCAAGAGUCAAAUGAAUCGCUCUGAUCAGAUUGUGCAACACCGAAAAUGAAAGAAUUGUUCUUCACAUCUCUUCAAUCUUGUUUCUACCCAUUUGAGAGAGAG